UUGUAUUUUACUUCUUCGCUUUCAUUUCGAACGAGUUGACAAGCACCUCUUAAAAAAUUGUAUCGAAUUUAAUAAAAAAAAGUUGAAGCCAUUAAAAAUACUAUUCGAAAUGAAUUCUUUUAUAGCUAGAAAUAUAAUUCGAGUUCCACAAGUUUUAACUACUGGAAAUGUUUCAUCUAGGAGUUAUGCCAAAAAACAGACAUUGGGUUCUCAAAGGCCUGGGAAUCAAAAUAUUGUUCUGGUUGAUGGCGUUAGAACACCUUUUUUGUUAUCUGGAACAGAAUAUAGUAAACUGAUGCCUCAUGAUCUGGCGAGACAUGCUUUAAUGGGUUUGAUGAAGAAGACUGGUCUGUCAAAAGAACUGGUGGAUUAUAUUAUUUAUGGAACUGUUAUUCAAGAAGUUAAAACGUCUAAUAUAGCUCGUGAAGCAGCAAUAAGUGCAGGGUUCAGCUUAAGAACACCAGCACAUACUGUUACAAUGGCUUGUAUUAGCUCAAAUGUUGCUAUUACAACUGGCAUUGGCCUGAUCAAUAGUGGUGUUUAUGAUGUCAUUGUUGCGGGUGGUGUAGAAUUUAUGUCUGAUGUUCCAAUUAGGUUAAGUAGAAAAUUACGUUCAGUUCUUCUUAGGGCCAAUAAAGCAAAAACUCCAGCACAAAAACUCCAGUUGGCAUCCACAAUUAGACCUAAUUUUUUCAUUCCUGAGUUACCUUCUGUAUCAGAAUUCAGUACUGGUGAAACUAUGGGUCACUCUGCUGAUAGAUUGGCUGCUGCUUUCAAGGCAUCUCGAGAAGAACAAGAUGCAUAUGCUCUGCAAUCUCAUACAUAUGCUAAAAAUGCACAGGAAAAAGGAUAUUUCACAGACAUUGUUCCAUUUCAAGUUCCAGGUGUGUCAAAGAUGGUAGAAACUGACAAUGGUAUUCGUGUCACAUCAUUAGAAAGUCUGGCCAAAUUGAAACCUGCCUUUGUGAAACCCCAUGGCACAAUUACAGCUGCUAAUGCAUCAUUCUUGACUGAUGGUGCUUCAGCUUGCCUCAUUAUGACUGAAGCCAAAGCCAAGGAAUUAGGUUUGACACCAAAAGCUUAUCUAAGAGAAUUUUUGUAUGUUGCCCAAGACCCAGUCGACCAGUUGCUGCUUGGUCCUGCUUAUGUAACACCAAAGAUCUUAGAACGUAGUGGUCUGAGUUUAAAAGACAUAGAUGUCUGGGAAAUGCAUGAAGCUUUUGCUGGUCAAGUUUUAGCAAAUCUUAAGGCCAUGGAUUCUGAUUGGUUUGCACAGAAUUAUAUGGGAAGAAAGGAAAAAGUGGGAAACCCUGAUAUGAAUAAGUUUAAUCAAUGGGGUGGAUCUCUUGCAAUUGGGCAUCCUUUUGCAGCAACAGGUGUACGUUUAGCUAUGCAUACUGCAAAUAGGAUGGUGCGUGAAGAUGGUCAAUUUGGUUUAAUAUCUGCAUGUGCUGCAGGUGGACAUGCAGUUGGAAUGAUUCUUGAACGUCAUCCUGAUGCUAAAGCAAACUAAAUUAUAUGUUCAUUAUUUUUUUGUAUUAAAGAUCUUUAGUUAUCAGAUUAAUUAAAAGUCAUUGUUAAUUAUUAAGCAGAGGAUUUUAAGCUAAUAUUAUCCAAAAUGUAACAAAUUUUUAAAUUUUGAUAUUUUAUAAGAGAAAUGUAAAUAGCUAUAUCUUCAUAUUUUAUACCUAUGUAGAAGAUAAGAUUAUUAAUAAAU